GAACCAGCCACACACGCAGUGCAUUCAUCCAUAUUCUUGGCUUGUCGGGAUAUUGAAAAGUUUUCAUUUUUGCCGAUCUAAAGGGUAAAUGAUAACCCCUUACAGUUGUGUUUAAACCACGUAUGUUCUCUGGCCCCAGCGUCUGUGGUAACUUGACCUGGCGACAAGAUUGAGGGCCCUGUGAGGACAGAGUGAAUCCCGUUCACCUUCGUGUUGAUGACACCAGAGUGGAACCUCACACACUUGUGGGUCGAUAAACAUUCUAGGUCAUACUAUCUCACUUAAAACACUAUAGGAUUUUUAAGACUUCUGUUUCUCCAGUAAGGUAUAAUGCAAAUCUAGGCAUGUGAUAAAAAGCCUGUGUACUGAAUCCUGAUAAGAAUGGUCAAAAUCAGUGUAUCGGAGAUGACUUCAUUUACAAAUAGUGGGAGCUCUGAUAAUAAGGCCAUAGAACUUUCUCCUGCAAGACACCCGGAAGCAGAUGGUCCUGGGCUGGCACAGCUCAUGACCGGUAUCAUAAAGGACAACAUGUUUCCAGGUUUCUGCUCUGCCAAACUUCACUCACAGUGUCUCACGGCCCAAGGUGGCUGCAGCAGCUCUGAGGGCAACGUCUGCGGUAACAGCAGGAAGAAAGGUAGAGGGGGCAGAGGGCAAAAUCAGUACCUCUUUUACCCAAAAACGGCAGCUUCCCCGCGGAUGGCCCUCACACACCUCGUACGUCCUAUCUCCGGCACACAGUCACGUGACCGACUCUAGAUGUAAGAGAGACAAGAACAGAGGGAACUGGCAUCCGGCUCAGAGCAAUUGCGAUUCGUUACUGGGAACUGGGCACUUUGGCGUGGCGGCUCCCGGGGGCGCCCACUCCAGGGCCUUGCCGCCUUUCCUUUAUUAUGGUAUCCAUUUCUUCAGAUUCAGCAGGGACAUGCUCUUUCAGGGGUCAUUGGCUUUUGAGGAUGUGGCCGUGAACUUCACACGGGACGAGUGGCAGCUCCUGGACUCUGCUCAGAAGAACUUGUACAGAAACGUGAUGCUGGAGAAUGUGAGCAGUCUCGUGUCCCUGGGGUUUCAACUUAUCAAACCAGAUGUGAUCUUCAAACUGGAGCGAGAGCAGCCUUGGAUAAUAGGCGAAGAGGUCCCAAGUCAGAGCCUGUCGGAAUACUGGAAAGUUGACGAUUACAAAGCUUGGCACCAAGAAAUCCAAGACAGGAUUAAAAAAUCGGAACAAGUCCAUGAAACUAACGCCAGUGGAAAAACAUUCCAACCCAGCAUGAACCUUGCACCGUUAAAGCAAAAGUCCAGUAAGCAUGUCUCAAAUGGAAAACAUUUGAAACACUCGUUGGGUUUAUUUACUGAGGCUGGAAACCGUGGAAGAAGGAAACCUGGUAAAUUCAAUGGAUAUGAGAAAUCCUUUUUCUAUACCGAACAUGGGAAAACUCAUGUUGGAGCAAAAUGCUACGAAUGUAACGAUUGUGGAAAAGUCACCAGCAAGAAGUCACGACUCAUUGUACAUCAGAGAACACACACAGGAGAGAAACCAUUUAAAUGCGGUGAAUGUGGCAAAGCCUUUUCCCAGAAGUCACACCUUGUGACACAUCAGACGGUUCACACAGGAGAAAAACGUUAUGGAUGUGAGUGUGGGAAGGCCUUCUCUAGAAAGUCUCAUCUCAUUACACACCAGAGAACUCACACAGGAGAGAAACCUUAUGAAUGCAGUGAGUGCAGCAAAGUCUUUUCUCAGACGUCCCAGCUCAUUAUUCAUCAGCGAAGUCAUACAGGAGAGAGACCGUAUGCAUGCGGUGAAUGUGGGAAAGGCUUUAGUGGGAAAUCGCAACUUAUUACUCAUAAGAGAACCCACAUAGAGGAAAAGCCCAAUAAAUGCAAUGAAUGUGGGAAAGCCUUCAGGGAGAAGUCAAGUCUCCGUAAACAUCAGAGAAUUCAUUCAGGAGAGAAACCAUAUGGGUGCAGCGAAUGUGGGAAAGCCUUCAGUGGGAAGUCACUCCUCCUCAGACAUGAGAAAACUCACUCAGGAGAAAAGCCCUAUGGAUGUAAGGAAUGCACGAAGGCAUUUAUUUGGAAGUCACAGCUCAUCAUACAUCAGAGGACUCACACAGGAGAGAAGCCCUAUGGAUGUAGCACUUGUGGGAAAGCUUUUUCCCAGAAAUCACACCUCGUGAUACAUCAGAGAACUCACACAGAAGAGAAACCCUAGAAAUAGAGCGAGUGUGAGACACUUUUAAGAAAAUAAUCACCCUUCUCUCUAUAUCAUAAAACACAUUUAUAAAAAUCCUGCGAAUGCCAUGAGUGUAGGAAGGUCAUUGGCGGGAAGUUCUACUUCCUUGAACGUCAGAAUGCCGAAUUGGAGAGUAAGCCUCUGUGUGCAGUGAAUGUGGCAAAGGCAGUAGAGACAAGCGCUCAGCAAAUGGUCUAGUCUCAUCAUAAAUCAAGUUAUUCAUAUCGAGGACAAAAUAAUGACUUAAAUGAAUAUAGGAAAAUUUGUCCAUAGCAAUGUCAAAAAAAAAAAAUCAAUUUCCAAGUACGGUAUUGCAUCUUUAAAAAAAAGAUUAUAUAUUCUAUUUUAAGUGAUAAGCUUAUGAAGCUUUAAAGAUAUGUAUGUCUGUGUAUGAGUAUGUUCAGUAAUCUUGACAGCCAAGUAGAAAGCCUAUUGCUUCAGACAAAUAUAGGGCUUAUAUUCCUGAGUAUGGCUACAUCUUGUGAAUUUAUAUAAUUUCAUAGCAUAUGUGAAAUUAAUCUGUGAAUAUGGUAUAUGUCAUGUUUAUAGCACAGCAUCUCUCAAGGGUGCUGCACAAUGUAUAUCGUUUGUCUUGUACCAUAGUAGAAGGUAAGCCAGACCAAAUGAUUUAGUUAUUAUUUAACAAAUAGUUUAAGUUGUAUUGCCACAACUUUUUGGCACAUGCAAAUGAGUUUGGGAACUCUUACCAUGCCCUGUGUUCAAUAACAGAAGCUGGAAUUUUUCAAUAAAAUCUCCUGCCUCUUCUGAGUCGCCAGUUACAUCCAGAUUGUUGACAUUAAACAUGCAAAGGCAAGAAUACAAGUUAAUGUCUGACCAAGUGAGCAAAAGAAAAACUCUGAACUGCAUUGCUCGUCAUCUAAACAGACGAGAAGUGGAGCUGGCAAAAACGAAAUACCCACAAGGGGCUCCCGGGUGGCUCAGUCGGUUGGGCGUCCGACUUCAGCUCAGGUCAUGGUCUUGCAGUUCGUGGGUUCGAGCCCCGCGUCGGGGUCUGUGCUCACAGCUCAGAGCCUGGAACCUGCUUCAGAUUCUGUGUCUCCCUCUCUCUCUGCCCCUCCCCCGCUCAUGCUCUGUCUCUCUCUCAAAAAUAAAUAAACAUUUAAAAAAUUUUAAUAAAAUCAAAUACCCACAAAACAUAUCCUCCUGUUAUUUUUCAGGGGCAUUUUUUCUUCUUCUUCUUUAAUGUUUAUGUUUGAAAGAGAGUGCGCGUAUGCGUUGGGGAGGAGCAGAGAGAGAGGGGGACAGAGGAUCUGAGCUGUCAGCACAGAGCCCGACACGGGGCUCGAACUCAUGAACUGCGAGAUCUUGACCUGAGCUGAAGUCGGACGCUCAACCAACCGAGCCACCCAGACGCCCCUUAGGUGCCCCAAAUCUUUAAAUAAUGUAUUUGAAAAUGCCAAAAGCCUGUCUUGAAUAUUGGUGAAAUUCAGAGCUUUGUAUCACUCCCUAUAUGUGUGAUUUUCUUGCGUUGCUAACUUGUCUCUGUUGAAACCAUCUACUAUGCAUGUUCCCUCUACCUCUGUUUAGAAUUUUUAGUAAUUCCUCUCCUUGGUAAUGCCUGACAAUGUCAGAAUCCUUUCCUGAAUGAUUGUAACGUUUAGAAUUACAGAAAAAUGACUGUUUUCAUCAGACAAAGGGAGAGUCGUGGACAACG